AUGGAAGAACAAUUUAUGUCAACAUUAGCAAAAGAGCAAAUUAAGAAUCUUGCUAAAUUUGGUGGUGGUCCAGAAGAAGAUGUUAUUAAAUGGUUACAAGAAGUUGAAGAAGUAUUUGAUAGAGCUCAAUUACAACCCUCAAAUAAAUACCUUGCCGUACAAUCAUACUUAGUCGAAUCAGCUGCUAAAUGGUUUCGACACAACAAAUUAAAUAUUUGUGAUUGGUCCACAUUUAAAAUAGAAAUUCUUAAAGUUUAUCGACCAUCACUUGAUCAAACAUUAUUGAAAAUGGAACAACGACAACAAUUAUCUAAUGAAUUAGUUAUGGAAUAUUAUUAUGAUAAAUUACAAUUAUGUUUACAAGCUGAUCCAAAUAUGAGUUUAAAUUCUUCAUUAAUUUCUUAUGUUGUUCGUCGACAUCCUUCAACACCUGCUGAAUUUCUUGUUAUCGCUCAGGAUGAAGAAAAGAUUCAACAGAUGUUACAAGGUUUAACACAAAAUACAAUUCGUUCACACGAUGAUGAUGAUGAUUCAAAUGAUAAGGAUCUCGAUGAUGAAAUGAUCGCAUUGGUGAAACGACCUACUUAUACAAAGUCACGCUCAUUUAAUUCUCAACAACAGUAA